UUGAGAAUGUCUCUGCCAAGCCGACAGGCAGCUGUUAACCCCCAACCGCCAGAGUAUGUAAAUACUAAGAAAAAUGGGCGAUUGACGAAUCAACUGCAGUAUCUACAGAAAGACGUCCUCAAGGCCUUAUGGAAGCAUGCUUUCUCCUGGCCUUUUCAGCAGCCUGUGGAUGCUGUGAAACUGAAGUUGCCUGAUUAUUAUACCAUUAUAAAAAACCCAAUGGACUUAAAUACAAUUAAGAAGCGCUUGGAACAUAAAUAUUAUGUGAAUGCUUCAGAAUGCAUAGAGGACUUCAAUAUAAUGUUCUCAAAUUGUUAUUUAUACAAUAAGCCUGGAGAUGACAUUGUUCUUAUGGCACAAGCUCUAGAGAAAUUAUAUAGGCAGAAACUAUCUCAGAUGCCACAAGAAGAGCAAGUUAUAGAUGGCAAGGAAAGAAUAAAGAAAGGCAUUCAACAGAAUGUGGCAGUUUCUUCUGUUAAAGAAAAACAAUCCCCCAAAGCACUGGAAAAAGUAUUCAAGCAACAAGUCAUUCCCUCUGUAUUUCCUGAGACAUCUGUUUCUCCUUUAAGUAUGGCACAAGGUGCUGCCCUCAGCUCUGCUUCACAAACAGUGGCUCAACUUACAAGGGGUGUGAAGAGAAAAGCAGAUAGCACAACUCCAACAACUUCAUUUGCUAAAGCAAGUGGUGAAUCCUCCCCAGUGCUUACAGGAAUAAAAUCAAUGAAAAUGCCACCUAUAAAAGAAAAUGUGCUGAAGAAUGUUUUCCAAGAUUCUCAGCAACACUAUAAAGUUGUAAGGGAUGUUAAAGUAACUGAACAAUUAAGACAAUGUAGUGAGAUUCUUAAAGAAAUGCUUGCAAAGAAACACUUGUCAUAUGCAUGGCCCUUCUAUAACCCUGUUGAUGUCAAUGCUCUGGGACUCCGUAACUACUACGAUAUUGUGAAAAAUCCAAUGGACCUUGGAACUAUCAAGGGAAAAAUGGACAACCAAGAAUAUAAAGAUGCAUAUGAAUUUGCUGCAGAUGUCAGAUUAAUGUUCAUGAACUGUUACAAAUAUAAUCCUCCAGAUCAUGAAAUAGUGACAAUGGCAAGAACACUCCAAGAUGUUUUUGAAAUGCAUUUUGCGAAGAUCCCAGAAGAACCUGUUGAGACUAUGCCUGUAUGUCACAUCAAAACAUGUAACACAAAUGCCCUCAGUAGAGAAGGCAGUAGUGACGCUUCCUCUGCAGAUGAUUCUUCUGGUGAUUUGGAAGAUGAGCAAGUUCAGCAUCUUGCAAAGCUUCAGGAGCAGCUUAAAGCUGUUCAUCAUCAGCUACAGGUUCUGUCCCAAGUACCUUUACAUAAGCUUAAGAAAAAGAACAAAUCUAAAAGAAAAAAGAAAAAAGAAAUGGUUAAUAACAGAGAAGAAAAUGUAAGGAAAAACUUGAAGCAAAUAAAUUUAAAGGAGAAGUCCAAGAUCAAUCAGCCAAAGAAGAGGAAACAGCAGGUCUUUGCUCUGAAAUCUGAAGAUGAAGAUAAUGCUACACCUAUGAACAAUGAUGAGAAAAGGCAGUUAAGUUUGGAUAUAAACAAACUUCCUGGAGAUAAACUUGGGCAGGUUGUUCAUAUACUACAAUCAAGAGAGCCAUCUCUGAGAAAUCCUAACCCUGAUGAGAUUGAGAUAGACUUUGAAACACUGAAAGCAUCAACACUAAGAGAACUGGAAAAAUACGUUGCUGCAUGUCUAAGGAAAAGACCGGUAGAACCUCACAGUAAGAAAAUUAUUAAGUCCAAAGAAGAAUUUGAAUCACAGAAAAAACACACGUUUGAAAAGCAGUUAUUGGAUUUCAGUAAUCAGUUAAAUUCUAGAAAACAUCAAACAAAAUCUGAAAAAUCUCAGCCAUCAAAGGCCGGUGGAAGUAGUUCCCGAUGGAGUGCAAGCAGCAGCAGCUCACUGGAGUCUGAGAGCCACAGCAGCAACUCCGAAUCAGAGAAGACAAGUAGUGAUUCUACAGCAUCUUACUACGCUGAUGGACAGUCAGAAAUGUUUCCUGUAUUCUCUGGAGUAAAACAGAAUGAUUCUCCUAAAGAUAAAGUAAAGAUACAGUCUUCUGUGCAAGUCACAAUCCCUGCAAAAGCUACCCUUGUUUAUGAGACUACACAUUCAUAUGGACCACCCCCAAAUAACCACCAGUUAGCAUUUAAUCACCAAGAAUUAGAACAUUUAGAGAAUGUGAAAAACAUUUCACCUUCACAAAUUCUGCCACCCUCAGGUGAUUCUGAACAACACUUGAAUAGCCUAACUGUGAUGCAUCAGGCUGGUAAUGACACAAUGGUGUUAGAGACUGAAUAUCAAGUUCCUAUGCAGAAGGACAUAAAGAUUAAGAAUGCCGACUCUUGGAAAAGUUUAGGCAAAGCAGUCAGAACAUCAAGUGUACUAAAAUCCUCAGAUGAGCUCUUCAGCCAAUUCAGAAAAGCAGCAAUAGAAAAGGAACUUAAAGCUCGAACACAAGAACUAUUACAGAAACAUCUGGAACAGACAACAAAGGAAUCAAAAGUAUUUCAAGAAAAUCAGAGGGACCUUGGCUUUACUCUGGAAUCUUUUUCAACUAAAAUGCAAAACGAGUGCCUUGGAGAAGAGCAGAAAGAUCACCAGCAGUCUUUGGAAGCUGAAGAUAAGUACAAACUCCAGCUUCUCAAAGACCGGAAAUUAGCAAGGGAGAAAGAGCAAGAGCGGAGGAGGAGAGAAGCAAUGGCCAGUACCAUUGAUAUGACUCGUCAAAGAGACAUCAUGACAAUGUUUGAAAACAACUUUGAUUAACUUUUAAUUAACCAUCAGCUUAAAAUGAAUGAUAUAAAAAAGAUAUAAAUGUAUAUGGUAUGUUUGCUUUCAGACACCAAAAUAUCAAUCUUAUAUUGUAUUUUGACUGCAUUAA